GAUGCGCGGCGCGCGGGAAAUUUAAAAAAAAAAACUGUCAGUGUCAAAAUGAGUUACAGUUCUAUAUACGACAAUUAUAACUACGAAAAAGUGGCGAAUAAAAAUGAUUGUUGUGAUAAAGAAUCGAUUAAUAGUCAGAGUGUCGAGUUGAAAGAGGAAGAUCACAUCCAGCACGUGCUGGGACCGAGUCGGAGGUGUUUGGUGUGGGCUUGUAAGGCUUGCAAGCGAAAAACAGCGGCUGUUGAUCGGCGGAAAGCGGCGACGCUACGCGAACGACGGAGGUUACGAAAAGUGAACGCAGCAUUUGAAGAACUCCGGAUACGCGCCCGAGCGGGCAGCGGGCGACUACCGAAACUAGAAAUACUUCGAGCGGCCAUACAACACAUUGAAAGAUUACAAGCGGCAUUAAGAGCAGCUGCCUUGGAGUCAGACAGCUGUAAAGGCUACGUGGAACCAGUCACGAAGACUCAGAGUGAGGUAAAGGACUCGAAAACGGACAGAGAGAAGCCAUUCCUUAAUGGCGAAUCAACCACGUGUGGGCUGAACAGUUUGGCGCGAUUAAGGUGCAUCGUACAAGCUCUCGCUAAGGAUCCGUGACAUUUGUUAAUAAAUAUAGUGUAAUAUUGUAUAAGUAUAAAUCGGUGCU